AUGGGCUGCACUAAGAUUGCCGUGCUUGCGUUGGUGCUGUGCUGCGUUGAGCGCUGUCUCUCCGCCUCUUGUGUGGUGGAUAGCUUCACCGUGAAACAGGACUUUGACCCCAAGAGGUAUGCCGGGAAGUGGUUCGCCCUCCAGAAGAAAGACCCGGAAGGUCUUUUCCUUCAGGACAACAUCUCCGCUGAGUACACCAUCGACGACGACGGCACCAUGACUGCCUCCUCCAAGGGCCGCGUCACCCUCUUCGGCUUCUGGGUUGUGUGUGCUGACAUGGCCGCCCAGUACACCGUCCCAGACCCCAAUAACCCGGGCAAGAUGUUCAUGAACUACCAGGGACUGGCCAGUUACCUGUCAAGUGGAGGCGACAACUACUGGGUGAUCGACACCGACUACGACAACUACGCCCUGACCUAUGCCUGCCGCUCGGUGAAGGAGGACGGCAGCUGUGAGGACGGCUACUCCCUGGUGUUCUCCAGGAACCCCCGCGGCCUGCCCCCCGCCAUCCAGCGCCUGCUGCGCCAGAAGCAGGAGGAGAUCUGCAUGGUGGGCCAGUUCCAGCCCGUCCUGCAGUCCGGAGCCUGCUAG